AGCUCAAUAUCAAACUGUUUUCAAUGGGUGUCAGCUGGUAUGUGUCAACCAUUGCUUUUAUAAGCACACAGUACUGGGUUGAAAGAUUGCGGAGCUCUCAAUCUGCAUUAAAUGACAUGAUACUAAUUAUGUUUACUCAUCUUAUUUAUGUUGGAUUUUUUUUAAAUUUUACAUUUCUUAACAUCUAGGUGAUAAACUGUGAGCAGUGGAUUCCACCACAAGUUCACAAUCCAAGUGUGGGUGGUAACAGUGAAAUGGGUACAGAGCCAGAUGAUAAAGCAGAGUCCAUGGGAACAUUGAAACGACUGCAGAAAUUGGUCCGAACCAAAAAAUCUAGUACACAAAGCUUGGAGGAUGUCAAACAUGUUUUGCUCCCACUCAAUACAUUAGAAGAUGCUUAUCUCUCUGAAGAGGAUGAAGAAGCACUAACUUCUUGCAUGAAACUGACAAAACCUCAGGAAAAGAAGACCUGGAAAGACAAUGUGAGGAGAAAAGAAGAGACUAAGACUAGGGCAGACUUUAUUUCUGCAUCUCUGGGCCGAUCAUACACUUCCAGACUUAAUAAUUUAGGAACUAUUUCAAUCCAUUCGGAAACCGAAUUUCACUUGUGGAGUGACUGGAAGCCAUUUCCUGAUAACCAGCUCUGCUCUUGUGACUUCUUGAUUUCAAAAAUAGAAGAAUGGGAAAACUGUACUUGCUCUUCUCAUCAGCCACAUCUUACAUAUUCCCUAACCGAUACGGAUCUACAGUACUCCUGGCGCACAAGCAGCUUUGGAAGCUUUGACCGUUUCAGGCAUCAUUCAAUAUCAAAGACAGAUGAUUCAGCUGAGUUAUCUGAGUUGGAGACUAUAAGUGACAUUGGAGAUGCAGUACAAACUAAAGCAGCAAAUAACGGAGGAAGUUUGGGUAAGAAGAUGAGAGCCAUUUCCCUUACCAUGAAGAAAAAGAUGGGUAAAAAGUACAUCAAGGCACUCUCUGAGGAGAUGAAUGAAGAAGGAAAAGAUGACAGUGAUCCUGGUGGUGGAAUACACACAGAGAAGGUCUCCCUAAAAGCCAGUGACUCUAUGGAAAGUCUCUACAGUCUUAACAGUGGCCAGAGCUCAUCUAGUGGAGUGACCAGCUGCUCAGAUGGAACGAGCAACAGGGACAGCCUUCGGUUUGAUGACGAAGUCCCUUACAGUGGGCCCUUCUGCGGUCGAGCAAAAGUUCACACUGACUUCACACCAAGUCCUUAUGAUACUGACUCUCUGAAAAUCAAGAAAGGAGACAUUAUAGAUAUCAUCUGUAAAACCCCCAUGGGCAUAUGGACAGGCAUGCUGAACAACAAAGUAGGAAACUUCAAGUUCAUUUACGUGGAUAUUAUCUUGGAAGAGGAAGCUGCACCCAGAAAAAUAAAGCCAUGCAGAGGAAGCAAAAGAACCAAGCCUAAGACAUUGCAAGAGCUCCUGGAUUGUGUCCACCUGCAGGAAUAUGCCUCAACUCUCUUGCUAAAUGGCUACGAAACUCUAGAAGACUUAAAGGAUCUACAGGAGAGCCACCUGAUUGAAUUAAAUGUUUCAAACCCAGAAGACAGGGCAAGAUUGUUAUCAGCAAUUGAAAAUCUACAGGACUAUGACAUUGAACAAGAGCAGAAAAGUGAGGGUGGUCAGGAGACACGGAGCUUAAGCCCUCACCAAAGCUUUGACAAAUCACAGCUAAAUGAGUGCCCAAGAGAUUCUGGCUGUUACAUCUCAUCAGAAAAUUCAGAUAAUGGUAAAGAAGAAGCAGACCCAGAAACACUGUCUGACAUGGUGCAGUCAAUAACAAUCACUGAGUCAAACUGAUUCAGUCCCGAUGCUUUUCUGUAGAUUUUCGGAAAAGAUAACCAGUUUUACCAGUAUGAUGGCACAGAAGCAGAAGCACAACAUAUUCUCGACUUGGAAAAUCUGCUUCUGUCUGAUGUACGAUGCUCUAGACUGUUUAAUAUGUGGACACUUGAUAGCUGAAUGGUCACUGAUAAGAAGAAUAUCUCAUGUUUUUCUUUUCAAUGAAUCCACAGACAUUUCACUGAAAAAG